CUGUGCCCUUCAGUAGAGACACUUUUAAUAACGCGGUACUCACAGCAGGAUGUUUAGGCAGGAAACUGUUAACCUCACAGGAGAAUAAAUGUAGGCUACAUUAGGGAUCAUGAUAUGGAGGUUUUAGUCCAAACCCUCUGCCCGGAUGGGGAUUUGCUGCUCGGUGACAUGCCUCCCUCAGCCUGGCUCUUUAUUAGCUCAGAGGAGGCAGGAAUCCCGGGACGAGUGGUACGGACAUCGCCGACCGCAACCGCUGAGUUUCCCUCUAAACACGGUCUUAUGACUGUUUCAGGAACCUGAGAGGCUGGGACAGCAGAGCAGAGCAGAGCAGAGGGCUGAGACAGUGAUCAGGAGCAGCGACUGACAGGUGGGAAGAGAACAGGGAACAGCUCGGCCAGAGAGACUGAAUGGUCGGUGGAGGUCAACUCACCUGUCCGCAGGAUUGAGUUUUUGGACACAUCCUCUCCUUCCACACUAAGGACAUGUGUCUCCUGCCAGUGGUGUCAUUCCUCGUGUGCUUGUGGUUGGGGGAGAAAAUCCACUGCAGCAGUAGCUUCCAGGACAGCAUGAGAGAACUCCACAGCAGGUUCGCCGUCAGCCUGUACCAGACGCUCACUGAGACGGAGAACAAAUCCAACCUGGUCCUGUCCCCAGUGAGCAUUUCCUUGUCCCUGGCACUGCUGCAACUGGGUGCCAGGGGCAGCACUCGGGCUCAGCUGGAAGGAAUGUUGGGAUACAGCGUGAACGAUGCUCAAGUCCAAGACUUCCUGUUGCACUCACAGGGCGACCUGACCAACACCAGUCAGGGAAUGUGGCUGCAGCAGAGCUGCACGUUGUUCAUUCAGAGUGGAGUCCAGCUCCUGGACCAGUUCACGCAGCGCACUGCAGCCUGGGCCAACACCAACGUAGUGCAGACCAACUUCAGCCAAGUCAGUCACACUCGCAGCCCAGCAGAGCAACCGGAGCGUCACCACGACGAGUCAUGGCCCCUCCACUCAGGAAGCAGUAGUGGAGAGCUGUCGGGCUCAGGCGAGGCCCAAGCAGAAGCUGUCUGGUGGGGACACCGACUGCAGGUGGCGCUGGUCAACACAGUGGUGUUCAGAGGUGUCUGGCAGAAGCAGUUCAUGUUCUCCAACACCCAGAACCUGCCCUUUGCCCUUUCUGAUGGCAGCACCAUCAAGGUGCCCAUGAUGUAUCAGGCAGCAGAGGUCAGCUUUGCAGGUCAGUUUAGAACAGCGUCUGAGCAGCGCUACACGGUGCUGGAGCUGCCGUACCUGGGCCGAGUCCUGAGCCUACAGGUGGUCCUGCCCAGUGAGAGGAAGACCGCACUCUCCUCUCUGGAGUCCCAGCUCUCUGCUCGGCAGCUGGCAGCCUGGAACACAGGCCUGCGCAGAACUAAGAUGGACGUUUUCCUGCCCAGAUUCAGAAUGCAGAACAAGGUCGACCUGAGGUCAGUGCUUCCUGAGAUGGGCAUCAGCGACGCCUUUAACCCAGCGACGGCUGAUUUCACUGGAAUCUCAGUGGAGGAGGGUCUUUACGUGUCCGAUGCCUUUCAUGACGUGAGAGUAGAGGUCACAGAGGAAGGGACGAAGGCAGAUGCUGCAACGGCUAUGGUGCUGCACAAACGGUCCCGUGCUCCUGUUUUUAAGGCGGACCGCCCUUUCCUUUUUCUACUCCGACAGGUUAACUCAGGAUCCAUCUUAUUCAUGGGCCGAGUGAUGCACCCUGCUGACUGAGGAGUAAUACACACUCCAACACUCACACCCCCACUGGCUUACUUCUACAGUUUUUGUCUACCGGUAUUUAUUUGUGGACCAAAUGGAGGAUUUCAGGAAGAGGGACAAUAUUUUUGUACACAUCUGUAAAUAAAAUUUUAAUGUUUUUAACUCUUCUGGAGGUCUUAUUUGCCAGUCUGUUAGCAAAGGAACACGUUAGAAUGUAAAAUGCAACCAGGUCACAAACAAAUGCAAAAAUAAAACCCUCAGAUAUUCAGAUUUAGUGUUCGGUCACUCCUAAACGCAGACGGGUUGUGUGAAGUUGCACAUAAUUAUAAUAAAAGCUUUAAUUUCUCCAUAAUGUGAUCUUGUGGUUGUGCAGCGCACCAGGCUUAAGGUGACAGAUCAUUUGCUGCUGUGGCCACCAGACUCUGGAACUCUCUCCCCCUGAGAUCAGUGGACUCCUUUAAAAAGCAGCUGAAGACUCACUUGUUCAAGCUGGCUUUUGUAUGACCUUCUUCACCACUCUCCCUUUAUUCUGCUCUCCCCACCUAUUCCACCUUCCUCAGGAUCCACUGAUUUCCC